UUUCAAGAGGUAUUUGAGACAUAUCGAUUUCCCUAAUAUUCCUAGUCGGUGGUAGAUGCCCUUGGUUUUGAAGAUGAAACACCCAUAAAAAUUAGACAGGACUCGUGUAAUCUAGUUGUUGGUACUGAUUGUUUGGGAUUCGAAUGGAUAGACAUACCUUUGUGUCGUCCACGUGUUUGUCCUUUUGCUAUGUCUAACCGACGCUUCCUAGACUCAUAUGGGAAAUCUUGUCCCAAAUGGAUUCCUGUGGCGUGCUGCUGCCUUCUGCAUUUGUCUGGACUAGAUGGUCUGUUUCUCACUCGCAGACCGUGGCAUAUGCGAUCUUAUCCAGGUGUCUGGGUUCCACCUGGAGGUCAUUGUGAAGCUAAAGAACCUAUUCAGGACACCGCAUUUCGUGAACUCACAGAAGAGUUAGGAUUACAUUCGUAUGGGAAAGAAAAUGUAAUGAAUGAAUGUACUAUCAAACCACUCUGUGCAUGGGAAGCUUCCUAUCCUUCUCGUUUAGAUACAGGAAUCGGAAAGUCUACUAUCUUUCCUAAAUCUCAUUAUAUGGUUAUAUAUUACUCUGUUAAUUGGUUUCGUUCCUCAACAUCUGUUUUAGAUUCAGAUGAUAUUCACUCAUACUUACCACAAUUUAACCUUGAAGUAAAUGAAGUAUGUGCAGCCGUUUGGCUCCCGAGACCUGUUCUCAAUAAAUUAAGUGAUGAUUGGAAGGCAUUUGAAAAACAUUUUCAAAAUCAGUCCACAAUCAGUAAUUCGGAAUAUUUUUAUCCCGAGUUAUCAACGAUGCCAUCCACUUUCCAGAUUGAUAAUGAUCAAACAGAAGUUUGGUAUUGGGGUGUAAACUCUCUUGAUUGGCAAUCGGUACCCGUGAAUCAACUUAUUUGUGGACUAACAUCAAGUCGCAGUCCAACUGUUUCACACAAUACCAGACCUGAAUCCGAAGUUGGUAAUGGACCUAGUCCUGUAACACUGGGGACAUUGUAUGCUAUUAGUCAUUGGCUUUCAUCAACCAGUACUAGAAGUACUGUUUGAAAUUGUUUUCGUCAAUUAAUUUUCUAACUAAUACUUGUAUACCUUCAUUUUUUUCAUUCUUCGCUGAGAAGGUUGGUACAAAUUAUUGUACGAUAUUCCUUGUCUGGUACCUUAGUAAGUGUUUAAAUAUAUCCCUUUUUGAACUAAAA